GAUUGCCGUUGGUGCUGAGGAGGAGAGGGAGGCGGUGACGAGACGACGACGCGCACGGUGGGUCCGCGAAGGCGGCGCCCGCUAUGAGGAAAAGGAGGCGGCUAGGGAAGAGCUCUUUCCUCCCCACCCUACUCGACCUCUCUAUUUCCCACAGAAAUGCGCUUAUCCCUUCUCCAGCCGGGGGUGGACUGAACCUACAUGCCCGAGUCAUGUAAAACGACGUUCCCUUUUUGAAAAGUUUAAUGGCUAUACUACCUUUUAAUAAUCAUGGAAAUUAAACUGGAAGUUCUAACUUCUACAUGUAUCAAACAAAGGAAGCCAUGGCCUCAAAUCACUUGGCUGGGACAGGAAAAGGAGGCUGUUUUUCUUUUAGAUGACAAAAGUAUAAAUGAAAUUAAUCUGCUUUCGGGGAGGACAAAGAAGAUCCCCCAGUUACAUCCCUUGCUGAAGAAUGUUGUUGUCUUAACAACUUCAAGAAAUGGAGCUUGGUUGGCAGGAAUACUUAAAACAGGAGAACUCUUUCUGUGGAACAAAGACCAAGACACUAUAAAAACUGUCUCGGCAGCUGAAGAAUGUAAAAAGGUGGUUUUAGCAGCACAAGACUGUUCAAUGAGAUUAUACCUAUAUGUUUCUGGUGAUGGAAAUAAGGUUCUUCUCACUACGCCAACUGCCAGUAUCUUUCUAUGGGAAAGUGAGGAAUGUAAAAGUACACCAUCUAAAGGUUGUGUAAUGGGACAGUGGUCACAAAUUAUUCCUGACGCGUCAGUUGUAUUACCAUCUGUUGAAGAGAAAGAAACGUCAGUGAGUGUUGACUUCAUCCAAAAUGAGAUGCUGGGGGACUGCUGCUUGUGUUGUUUUGCAUUUUAUUCUCAGGAGCAUUUAAUGCUGACACUUUUGGAAAUUAAAUGGCAAGAGAACGGUUUAAAGAUUGCUUGCUCUUUUCCAUUUCUGAUACACUGGACACAGCGGACAUGUUCUUUGUCUAGUUUGGCUCCCCAUUGUAAGCCAAUAAAAUCAAGAGGUGCUUUGCUUACUGCGUUUUCAAAUGAUGGGCUUGUUCUAGCAAUAGGUGUCAACCAGAAGGAUUUACAGGCAACUCAGAUUUUGUUUAUGAGCACAGCAAAUUUCAUUGCAGUUUCUGGUAGCCUUAAAGGUUGUGGUAGUAAGAAACACAAAAUUCAGUCAAAGUUUAUAAGAUCCUAUUGGAUUUCUGACAUGAGCUGGACUCAUGAUAGCCUUUUUUUGGCUUGUAUGUUAAAACGUGGGUCACUGAUCUUAAUGAAUUGUUUGGGUGAAUUGCUUACUUUAGUAACAUAUGGUUGCUCUGUAGAAUUUGGACCAGCAGAAUUUAUUCCUCUACAUCCACUAAUAACAUACAGAUCACAGAACUCUUUGAUGCAAGAUCUGAAUCAUUCUAAUGAUUCAUCAGCCUCUGAAGGGGAUCUAAUGAGGCAGAGAUUUUCUGUAGCAUCUCAUCCAAGUUUACCCUUCUUCAUUGCCUCUGAUGGGUAUAUAAUCACCGUUCUUAAAUUUUAUGAUGGUUUCUCACCCUCGGCAUAUAUGAGGUCUUUGCUGCUUGAUUCAGCCCAGAGGCUUGAAAAACUGCACCACAGCUUGAUUAAAUCUAAGUCCAAGGAGAAAAGGCUGCCAUUGCAAUCACUGUCCUCCUUAAAAGCUAAUCUGUUACAACACAAUCAAAGUCAGAGCUCUGCCUUCUCUACCAUUCCAAAAUUUCUGCAAGAAGAGGAGGAAACAGUAGAGCUAAAUGGAGAAGUAACACACUUACAGGAUUAUGAAGAAGAAUCAGAUGGUGACAAGUUGUUUCAGAGUCAUUCCUUUAUUUUGGGGAGCCAAAAAGGAGAUACUUUUGUAACUGAUGAAGGCCGGUUGGAAUUUGCAUCCAUGUUUGACACCAUUCAUGCAAUGGAUGCAACAGAAGAAGAUGAUGAUCACACAGCUUUGGAACUGAACCAUAUCCAAAAAAAUCUAAUUGCAGCUUGGAGAGUAGGGAUUUCAAGAAGCAUGCAAGAAAGAGACACUUUGUUAAAUUGUACCAUACGUUGCAUUAUAUACUUUUUUAACAUUCUCCAGUAUGCAAAACUUAAUGUUGCACAUUUAGAUCACCCUGUCCGGAAUUGUACCUGGAUACAGUCAGUGUUAAAAUGUUUCCAGCAAUUUUUGUCUCUUCUAAGUUGGGAUGGUAAGCAUAGACAAAUUCUGGGACAUUUGAUGAAGCUCACAUUGCAGACCCUAAAACUUAUGCUUGUGGAACAACAAAACCAACUGUUCUCCAAUAAUCUUUUGGGAGGCUUCUCUCUGCUGAAGAUGGUUACUCAUUUUUUAAAUGGCAAGAACGCACCUCAGUAUGAGAUACUUCCAGCAGCCCCGGAUGUUAAUAAUCAGGUGGAGUUUGAUUCCUUAAUUGUGUCUGUGUUUCAAGCUAUAGAUUGGAGCAGUCACCAACAUUUCUGUGCAUUGAAUUACAUACUGAAGCUCUCUCCUCCAGCUGUAAACCUGUCCAGUAAUUCAGAAAAGAGGGUAAUUGUAAUGUGGCAACUGUUGUAUAAGCAUGUCCUUCGGUACUGGACACAGUUAAGGAGAAAAGUGCAUAAGUCAAGUAAGCCAGUAACUGAAAUACAAAUUACGUAUGAAGGACCAACCAUUGAAGCACUGGCAAGUCAUACACAGGCAAUUUUACAGUCUUCAGGAGAAAGAUUAGAACGAAUACUGAAACUCAACUCUGUGAUUGGUGAGGAGCAAUUUCUAAUAGGGUCUUAUAAAGAAUCAGUGGAGGCAUGGGAGAGAGCUCUUCAAGAAAUAAAAGGAAAAGGAGGCAAGAGAAUACCUUUUCUUCAAACUCGAUAUUAUCUUGCUAUAUUAUAUUGCCAUUUAUAUCACUACAAUGUAAAUGAGGCUCAGGGUCUGUGCGAUCAUCUAGUGAGCGAGCUUCUAAAACGAACUCAAAUAUCUGAAAGGGAUGAUGUGUCAGGUGCUGAGCAGAUGAUAACAGAUGUUCAUACUGAAGCUAUAUUAGCAGUGGUUCAGUCUCUGGCACGAUUCAUGGCAGCUUACUUCACUAAUGAACCACUUUAUGUGCUUCCUCCACAUAAUGUUGAUGUUCUACCCCCGCUUCAUAUCAGACAAGACAGGUGUCUUCGUAUUGUCCCACUACAGCACUCCAUAGUCACCAAUGCAGUUAGGGACCAUGGUCUCUCGUGCGUCUGGACAGUUGAAUAUGCUCUUGAUUUGUUGCUUGUUGGUGGACUAAUUCCGGAAGCUGUGUGGCUAGCACAUAAACUUGGAGACUGGAAAAUGGCUGUUUCAGUUGGGGUGGCUUAUCAACUGUAUUGUCAAAGUAGCAGUGGCUUCCCAACGUCACAAAAAGUAGAAUUCUGCAUGCCAUUGCACUUGACUCCAACACAAAUCUUUCAAGAAAAAUUACAAUCUUUUUUGGGCAAGCCAGUCAACAGUGAAACAUCAAAUGAAGAAGACCCCAAAUGCAAACAGUUCACAGAUCCUAUUGAAGAGGAAGAUGUAAAUGUAAUUUUUAGUUCAAUAGAAGAAAUACUGAAAGCAGCUGUUAUGGCAGAAACAGACAUACUGUCAGAGACAUUUCAACUUUUGGUGGACUCUGCCAAGGACCUGAGCAGAAAGUUUUGUGGUUUGGUGCCUGAUGGCUUAUAUCUUCCUGCACCACCCUUAUAUUGUCCUCAACCAUCAUUUCCUGGUGAAGAAGAACACAUUGAUUUAGCAUUAAGAAUGGAAAGAGUUUGUCGGCAGAAGGUGUCUGGAGUUGUUCAGCGAAUUCUUCUCCUUUUUCGGGCAGCACACUGUUCUUUCCCUGCUGCUCAGUGGUAUAUUGUGCAGCUGAAACGGGCACGGAAAAUAAUGCAAAAGAUUCGCAAGAAAGGUGCUCUUCCCUCAUUAAGUGCUCUUCCAGAAAAUUUGGUUAAUUAUUCUAAAUGUCAUACGGUGUUCUUAAGGCCUACAUCUUCUGGUGAUCAUGGACUUGACAGUGUUUCAUGUAAAACUAUAGCAUGCUUUAGAGAACUAUGCGCAUUGUGUUGGAUGUUUCAUGUUCGUGAAAGAUUAUCUGACAGUUGCAGACGGUACCAAACUGCAAGAGAGAACUUGGAAAAUCAGAAGGAAUGUAAGACAACUGAAUUUGAUGCCUGUAUAGUUGAACACUCUUUCAGUGCAUUGGAGUGGGCUUGCCGAAUGCUCCCUUUUGCUAGGUUCAUGAAUGUUGAAGAACUUGUACAGGAUAUCAUUUUAAGCCUUACUGGAGAAUUGCCACCAACCAAAAAGGUGGCAGAAAUUUUGGUGAAAGCAUUUCCAAACCCUGAUGAUGUAAGAGUCCCAUUAAGAGAUAAAUAUAAUGCUCUGCACCAGCGACUUAGACACUGCGUUGUCAAAGGUCCCAACAAUGAAGAAAUAAUGUCUGUUGUAAUACAGGCUUCGCACAAAGUGAAUAUGAAAACAUUAAAGCGUGUGAUAAGGAACAUAGGACCCCAUCAAAGAAGCAUCUGGGAGCCACCAGAAGAGGAGACACAAGAUCCUGAAGCUUAUUGCUAUGAUAGAUUUUCUUUGGGAACUAGUCUAAGCAGAAGCACAAUUUCAGAUCUGGGAAACUCUCAGGUUUAUAGUGAUGCUGAAACAGCAGACUCAAUCUCAGAAGCUUUGCUGAUGGAAGAAACAAGAAGGCACAUUUCUUCACAGACGCAAGAACAUCACAAAGAAGUGUCCAACUGUGCAGGAGAAUUGACUGGAUACGAUAGAAGUACUGAAAAGCUAAAAGACUUAAAUGUAGAAGGGGAAAGUAUUAUAAAAGAGAACUGCAAAGACUUAACCAAUCAGCAUGUUUUGCCUCUAGUCGGAGAAUGGGAAUUUGAACGUGAUGAUGACGAAUACGUUAAGUUCUUAGAUCUCUUUUUAACAUACAUGCUUGAAAGAGAUCUGAUCAAUCAUAAAGACUCUAUGAUUCCUUUUCUGAGGAGCUUUUCCACACUCCUUAGGGAACAUGAACUCAACUCUUUCCUUUUUGAUGUUCAUACAACACUGAAACGUCGACAGAUCAGAAAUAAAGGCCAACAAGUUUUUAGGGCUGGUUCUUGCUACGCUCCUGUUUUUGAUCCCAGUGCUGCUAAUCUGGAUCCUUUGUGUGAUGAUAAGAAAAAGGUUUCUAAUAAACCAGGUGUGCUUGAGACUUCUGUUUGUGACUCAGUGAUGAGACUCACUGCAAGAAGAGGAUUAUUUGGUCUAAGCCAGCAAUCAAUUUAUGGUGCACGAGAUUCCUGUAAAGAAAAAACUCUUGCGCCUGUAUUCACUCAGCGUUUGUCUGAACAAACUUCUUCCCCCCAAACAGCUCCUGUUCAUAGAUAUAUCUACAAAGCAGUUCAGGUAACCGAUAUUCUACAAAGAACAGAACCAACUCCAGACAUGAACUUUAAAUUUAACAACGUAGCUCGCUUGCUUGAAUGGAUGAUCAGAUGGUCUGAUAGAAGACUGCUUUAUGAUCCCAUCUCCACAGAGCCAUUUCAGGAAUGCCAGCCAAUGAUGCAUGUAAAAACAUCUGCAUCUGCCAUACUUACAUCGUUGUGGCUUUUAGAGCAAAAUUUCUCCAAUGAAUCACAAAAUCAAAAUAUCCAUCUUUGGAAACGACACAAACAGUAUGCAAGUACUUCAGCUAUUAGAACCAAACUAGAGAAAGACAUCAGUGUGGAUACAGGCUAUUCUCCAUCAGUUGGGACUCCAGUUGGUAUCCAAGAUGGACAUGCCUUUGGCGAACCUUUUGAAAGUCUUCCAGGGACCUUACAUGAAAAGCAGUCUGAGAAGAAAAAAAUUAAUUUCAAGGAUCAUCCUUUGACACAUGGUGUAGAGAUUGAAGAAAGAAAUCCUGUCAAACUUCUGACAGAAGAAAUAGGGGGAUACAUAUCAAAUGAAGAUGUGACAUCUGAAAAUGAAGAGCAUCAUGAAGAUCCGUUUGCCGUUUCAAAGAGUCCUACCAUUUCUGUCAGCAUUAAAUCGGUACAACGAAAGAAAGAGCAGCCGUCUGCAUCAGAUGUUGAAUAUCCACAAGAAGAUCCAUUGACGGAAACAUUGGAGGAAAAAUUUACCAAGCUGGAUAAUAUUUACCAUACAAAAUGCGAGACAACUCCCAGUAACACUCCAUGCUCAUUUUGCCCUGAAAUGAAGUCAGAAACUACUAGCGUACAGCUUGCGGUCUCAGAUGAACGGGCUUCUUUCACUGCAGUGUCAAGUGUUCUUCCAAGUAGUCCUCUUGUUCCAAAGAACGAAGAAGUUAACACUACUUUACCGACGGAACAACCACCGAACGUUUCAGACGCUGUUAGGCAAAUGAUGCAAGAUGAAAUGUUUAAAUUGGUUCAGCUGCAGCAGAUCAACUUUAUGAGCCUCAUGCAAGUGGUAGGAUCAUCAUUUGCCAACUUGCCAAAUAUGUCGCAGCAGAUGCAGCAGUCACAGUCCUUUCAGUUGGGAAGAAACCAGGCUUCAAACACUGGCGGCACUGAUGUUGAUAGGGCUCCUCCAAAACUUGUAACGUAUGACUUGCCAGUAAAAGAGAUGACAACUCUAGAAAACAGUAGUGAUGUCACUAAGAAAAACACCAAUUCUCAGGAGAAAAACAGCUUGCAUUAUCAAAGUCAUAAUGGAGAUACUUCAAAUCCACUGCACAUCAGUGAUUCUUCAAGCUUGCCAGAGGGCCAGACCAAUGGAACAAGCCAGAUUCCACCAUUUCAAAACUUGCUUCAUCAGGUUCCAGCCAGACCAUUACCUUUAUUAUCAGCUUCCCUAAAUGCUGAGAAGAUACCUAAGCUUAUUCCAGUUUCAAAACCCUUAAAUAAUGCAAGUGGGCUUCCUUUGCUUAAACUUAAACCUGACUUUCAGUUCCAGCCACUCAAUAUCUGCCCAGUAAAAACCCCAAAAGUUUUCAAUGGACCAUUCCCAAAACAAAGAGAAGCCUGGGGUGUACCUCCUCCUCUGGUGAAGAGUCCUCAAGGUGUACAGAUGCCAGAGUACAAAGGAACAACAGAACACCUAAAUUUGAACAACUAUGAUCAGGCAGGCCGUUGGUCAGAAACUGUAAAUAAGGGUCGUUCCAACCAUGUUAAUUUGGAUGAAUAUGAGAAAAAAGAAAAUAUGGCGCCUUCACAACACCUUCAUGCACAUUUAAAGGCGGAGAAGCCACUGGUUGACAAUGGGAUUCCCUUGCAUAAAACUUACCAAAAUUUUGCACAGAUUCCUUUGCUUUAUCUGAAGCCCUACUCGCAAUACAAGCAUCCAUCUGCUAUGCCACCUGCUAAACUUUCGGAAAAGAACUUUGAUUCCAUAGACCCCUUUUCGCAGACAGGAAUGCCAUUGCUUUACACUAAUUUACCUCCACUCACCAAGUUUCAAACGCCAAAACUCAUCCCACUUCAAAAUAUCAUUGCAUUUGAGCAAAGCCGCCAGGUUGUCCAAGUCCCCCACAUUGGGGUUAAAGACCAUCCUGAAAAGAUUCAGUUAUUAAAAGCUAACUUUAAACCGCGUGAAGUGAGACAAGAUAUGAAUAAUAAAAAAAGGCAGAGGAGGCGUGUCAAGAAACAGAUCAAAGAGAAGCAAGAAAGGAAGAAAGCAACUGUGACUUUUCAACAAGAUGGUUCUGUUGUUUCAGCUGAUAUUGUAGAGCAAGCAAAGGUUUCGUGUGACAUUGUCCUGCCAAUAACAGCUCUGGAGCAGAGGAAGGGAGAACAAGAGAUAUGUGCAGCCAGUGAAAAGGAUAAUCAAACAGAAUUCAGCUAUGACCUCAAUGAUGGUGGCUCCUUACUGAACCCAGAGGCUGUUAUUUCUUCAGCAGGACUACAUUACUUAGCUUCUGUAAGAAAAAGAAUUGCGGAUCUUCAAGAUGCCUCUACAAAUACAGAUCCUGUUAAUAAAUCACAUCAAGAUGUACAAACUGUCUCAGAUGAAAUAGUUUCUGAACCUGAUAAAAAUCAAACAAUCACCGCUGCUUCUGCGUCUGUAACAGUUGUUAAACCUUUUGAGGAUAUGCAAACCAUCUUAGAAGAAAUCGUUUUUGAAUCUGGUAAAAAUCAACCAACCACUCCUGCUUCUGCGUCUAUUGCAGAGCUUUUACCUGCAAGUGUUCCCCAGGCAUUCCCGCCAGAUGUGUACUUGAACCUUACUUUCCCUGCUGAAUCAGGAAAUGUGACUUUACAAUCCUCAUCUGAUAUUGCAUCUGAUUUGACUGGACGGAAGUUUAUCAAUGUGAUUGAUAUAGAAGAUGGUGAUCUUCUGAAAAACUUGCCAGAUAUUUCUGAGUCUGUUCCAAAACACAUUGCCACUCAGCCUAUGAAGUCUGAAUUCCCAGCUUCUGCAAAAUUGCAUCACAUGGCAGCAUCUGUUACCAAUAUAGUUCCACCUGAAGAAUUUGAGACAGAAGGCAAUCUUCUUCAAACCGAAUCACCACAAGUGCCACCUAAGCCAGCAGAGACAGAGAUUUCUGGUGAUCGUCUAACAUUGAACCUCCUGAACGAGGAUUUCAGCACUGCUUCCUCCACAGGACCAUUAGCCAGAAAAAUGAGCAGGAAGCACAUUUCUGCCAAGCUACAGGAAAUGGAUAGGCAGCUACUGGCCCUACAGAACGUGGCAGAAAGAAUAGAAAAAGAAUUUAGCAGUACUAAACUGGUUGUGGACACUGUAGAAGAUGUAGGUACAGGAGAAGAUGACAUCUCAUUCUUUGCCCCAGGUGUUAAAGUUUCUAAAGAAGAGCGCUAUUCAACCCGUGUGAUUGUGGAGAAUUAUACAGAGGAGGAAAGGAGUUUAGGAACGGAAUCAUUUCAAACUAACUACAUUGCUUUGCAAACACCCUCUGCUUCUCCUUCAGCAUCAGCUUCUAAUCUUCCCAGAAUCAAAAAGUCAUCUUCUGAUAUUAAUGUUAGAUCAGAAGAACUGGAUGAGAGUUUUUCAGAAGAUCCUCUGCAGAUCACUGGCUUGAGUGGUGUUUCUGACAUCAUUGCUAAUCUACUUGAGGGUGGCAUUUCUGCUUCAGAGCUGGGUCUCACAGAAACACAAGCAAAAAAGAUAUCCAGCCUCUCCAGUGUAGUGAGUGGGCAUUCACGUAAAACAGAAAAAGAGCGAAAAGAGUUACAUACUUGGAUGAAAAGAAAGCGAAAGGAAAGGCUAGCUGAGUAUCUGCAAACGCUGGCUGAACAAAGGGCAAAAGAACACAAUCCAUUUCAUUUUAGAAGAAAAAUGCCACUUGGAAUCACAACACAGAAUAUUAAAUUACAGCAGAAAAAGAAAUGUGAAAAAGCUAAAGCCUUGUUUUCUGAGCAUCAUAACAUUAGAGUCUCUGAAGCCCUCACUCUGAUGCAUGAGCUGUUGUCUGACACUGUGCAACUUCCUUCAAGUGACUUUGACUCAUUAGCUAAAACAAGAUCACCUCAUGAUUUCAAGAGAUCACAUAUUGCUUCCGCUGGAGGAAGUUGCCACGCUGCAAGGAGGAAGGCUGCUUCCAAAGGUAGUUUGAGUCAGACGAGAUCCUUUUCCAGUCUGUCCUGUGGCAUAACUCCAAGGAAAGGCCGACUAUGCCAAACUCCAUACAGAAGAAAGGGACCAGAAUCCCAUCAAGGGGAGAUGUGGUGGAAAACCAGGAGACCCCUGCAACAGUGGUCAAGUCACAGGCUUGACUUAAGAAGUCAAGCUUCUGAUGAGCAGAGAAAGUUCCAAGACACUGACACAACAACUCGCACAAAUGAGGAGAGUGAAGACGACGCCAUGAGUGUUUGGAGCAUCCCUGAUGAGAUCCAGAGGAUACUGUAUGGUGGUUCUAAUUCCCAUUUCAAGGAGUCUUUGCCUCAUGAAGAUGCUUGCUCCAUUGCCAGCCUUAAUAACUUGGACAGUGUGUCUGAAAGUACCGGCAGCAUCCUCAGCAAGCUUGACUGGAAUGCAGUGGAGGCUAUGGUAGCAAAUGUGGAAGAAAAAUAAAACCAGAAUUUCUUGGAUGCUCUGCCCUUUAAAAGGAAAGUAGGCCCAAUAUUAUUUGGAAAAAUAUCUCAUAGCUGACCAUCGUGGCAUAAUAUUACGGCAAAAUUCUAAGUAAACACUUCUUUCCUAACCAAUAAGCUAGCAUAUAAAAACAAAAUCACGGAAUUAUGCAGACCAGUACAAUACCACAUAUACUUAGGCUUCUUGGAACAUACUUAUGUAUGGUAAUAUUGGGCAAAGAAGACAAGAUUCAUAGUUUCUGAAAGCAGUAUUUAAAUAGCAAGAUUUAAAUAGCCACAGUUGCACAGUGAUUAAAAAGAUAAUUCAUACCUAA